AGUAAACAGAGUACAAGGUUCGUUAUGUCAUACUAUUCAGGAUUAGUUACCUAAAUACUCGGGUGAGAAGAAAACGAAUCUUUUUCACUGCGAGAUUCAUCCAGAGAUGAGUAAAGGAAGAUCCCCGUACGUCCAUUUAGUGGCUGGAGGUAUUGGAGGCACCGUCGGUGCUACAUUGACGUGUCCUCUGGAGGUCGUAAAGACGAGAUUGCAGUCCUCAGUUCCAACUUUUAGACAUGUUCUGUACCCAUCAGCAACUGGUCCUGGUGGUAUUUGGAGUAUUCCAGUGGAGAUCAGUUACUCAAGACCUGUUGGUAUUCUGUCCUGUUUAAAACAUAUCACCCAAACAGAAGGUUUGGCAGCCCUGUUUAAGGGCCUUGGGCCUACAUUAGUGGGAGUAGCUCCUUCUAGGGCAUUGUACUUCACAGUGUAUGCUAAAGCUAAACAAGUGCUCAACAGAAGCGGCUUUGUGUUUCCAGAAAGCAAACUUGUACAUAUUGGAUCUGCUUGUUCGGCAGGGAUUGUGACUUCAACUUUAACAAGUCCAAUCUGGGUCAUCAAGACAAGACUACAAUUAGACAAUAGGGCAUCCAAGGGUCAAGUAUUGAAACUUAUCCAGAAUAUAUGGAAGGCUGAUGGAAUAAAAGGUUUCUAUAGAGGACUCACUGCAACUUAUGUUGGUGUUACAGAAACUGUUAUUCACUUUGUAAUUUAUGAACACAUUAAAGCUGAAGUACAAAGACAUCGUUUUAAAUUGAGAGGCACUCAUGACAAGAACAUAGUGGACUUUUUGCAAUUUAUGAUGGCUGCUGCAAUGUCAAAAUGCAUUGCAUCUGUUGUAGCAUAUCCACAUGAAGUUAUCAGAACUCGACUUCGACAGAAAGAAAUAGAUGGAAAAAGAAGAUAUCACUCAUUCUUCCAGGCUUUCAGGAAAAUACUGCGAGAGGAAGGAAGAGUAGGACUUUAUGGUGGACUAGGAACUCACCUUCUUCGUCAAGUUCCAAACACUGCAUUAAUGUUUCUGACUUAUGAGGCUGUCGUAAAUUUUUUCUCUAAAGAAGAUUCUUUAUAAAUGGUUAUUUAUUGUUUGAUAUUCUGGUUAAGUUAGGUUAAUUUAUUAAUUCUAAGAGCACUCAGUAAAGAGGGGCAAAAAAAUCAAGGAAAGUGUGGUUUGAAAUUUUCUUGUAAACUGGGUAGCCAACAGUUAAUGCCUAUUCUUACUGCUGUUCUAAAACCUAUGUAGUUAUUAUGUAGUUAUUGUACAGAAUACAGGUGGAAUAAUGAAUCUGUACAAUCUUGAGUGACUUGUUUACUAUAAUUUCGGCAAAUGAAUUUGAUUGCACAAGUAUUUUAUGAGUUUCAAAGCAAUCCAUUUAACAAGUAGACUAAAAGUUUACUUUAAAAAAUUGUAAAUACUGAUUUUAUACAUUUGUAAAGAAGAGACUACCUGAAUAUGUUUGUUUUACUGAAAAUAAUUUUAUCUUUUCAAAGUCAUAUUUAAAAUUGUAACUGUUGACAAAUAAGAGCAAACAAACCUAUGAAUUAACUUAAAUAAAGGUCAACCAACUUCA